AUGCCAAGUGAAGUCAGAAAGGUCCAAUUAUCUGAGCAAAGGCGCUCGAGUGCGCGUCAAACGCACUGGCAUUGCUGGCGGCUCAAAGUGCGCCAAACGGAAAUUGCCCGCGCCAUCUUGUCCGCCAACCGGAAACCCGCCAAAUUAUCGGCUAUGGAUGUCACGACACAUUGGUGCGCGGCGGGGCGCGACGGGCCAGCGCUAUCGGACGCGACAGCCCUGCGCGCUUCACUGCUGAACGAUGUCAACUUGAUCUAUAAUAUUUUAAAUAUUCGUACAUCGUUCUCGGAGUUUGUUCUGAAUACCGUCAUACAACAAAAAUGCCUUCCCCUGAAAAACCGCUCGCGCCUGCCUGAAAUUCUUUCUCCUGUAUGUUUCAGGAACGUGGGCGAGUCGCAUCGGUUGCUAUGGCAACGACACGUCUAG